CUCCGCUUUCCUCCACGCUUCAAGGUUCCAAGCGGAACCGGAAGCGGCGCGGCGCGUGCGUGCCUGAAGCCAAGAGCAGCUGCCCUUUUGAAGGCAACUUUUUUCCCCUUGGAAGAGAGGGAAGGAAGGGCUCCCUGCUGCUGGCAGAAGGCACUAUGUCCGACCCGCCAGGCCCUCUGACAGAGACAGAGUACGCUCUCCGCCGCCGCCUGCCCCGCCGCCUUCCUCGCCGCCACAGUGACAUCUACGUCAACAUGAAGACAGACUUCAAGGCCCAGCUGAGCCGCUGCCAGAAGCUCCUUGCACCCGGGACCGGCUGCCCAGAGAUCUGCAUCCACGGCCUGGGCCUGGCCAUCAACCGUGCCAUCAACAUCGCCCUCCAGCUGGAGGCCACCGGGGGCGGCUCCUUCCGCCUGGCCGCCAACACUUCCACCGUGGAGCUGGUCGACGUGGCUGAGCCAGAGGGGGACAGUGACGAGCCAAUGGCCAGGACCAGGAACAACUCCGCCAUCCACAUCCGGGUCUGCCGCAUCGCUCCGGAGUAAAUUGAGGGCCGCCAGUGAGCUCUCUUUGUGGUCCUUCCUGAGCCGCACAGGCUCCUUGCCUUCCCGAAACAGUUGUGGGUCCAGAGAUGCCUCCAUCUUGCCAGACUGAAUUUGCAAGAUGUGCGAACGGAUCCUGGCCUUCGGCACCAAUUCUGCUCUGCUGGCUGUAGAGUUGGGCCUCCACAUAUGUGGCUCUGACUCUUACUGAUUUGAUUCUUCAUGGUUUUGAUUAAUAUGUUUUCUCUAGGACUCUCUAGGUUUGCCAGGUUGACUCUCUGGGCAACAUCUGCAGAAAUCACACUGGAGGACCUAGAGAUCCCUAGAGAGAACACUUCUUUAGGCAUUUGUAGGUCCUCCAGCACAAUUCUGUGGCCACCUUCUGGCAGAUGUUGAUCAUAGAGUUGUACUGAAGGACCUAGAGAAGUGUUUUGUCAGGUACAAAAAAUAGUGGUGUUUUCCACUUUCAUGGGAGUCUGGUUCCCACUAAACCUAGGGAAUGUGGAGGACCCACUGUACUGGGGCAUAGCAUUUCCCCCCAUUUUAAAGAUGUCUCCUAGCUUUCCAGGAUCACCAAUGACUACAAAACCCACAACUCUUUCUCCUGGGGUUCAAAAAUGGUUGACAUGUUGCAUUAAUAUCCCAAUACAGAAUCUGAGGCUUGUUUUUUCCCCUCUCCAUUGACUAAAUUAGAUCUCUGUCCCUUUUCUGUGGAUGCUGGGUAGGGUGAUCUAGGUAUGAGGCUGACUAUGGUCCCCAUGUACCCCAAGAAACAACACCCUGAAACUGAAGUGGGAUAAGAAGUAGAGAAGUAGUCUUACUCGCCCUUUCAGCUACUCUGGCUGACUUUCCUGGGAUGAAAAUGGGAAUUAUCUUACCCAAGUUGGGUUCCCCUUCCCUUUUUCACGAUUGGCAGACCUGGUUUAUUUCGUGUGGUUUGGAGUGAAGUUAAAUUUUGUAGUCCUGUGACUUCACAAAGUGUUGACUAUAUCUCAGUGUGUGUGUCUGUGUGCAUUUGUCUGCAUUGUGUUGUACCAGGGCUGUAUGUCGUUUCUGACUUAUCUCUGAGAAGUAAAGCAUUUUCAAGCAUCUUUA